GCGCCAUCUCCCCUCCUCCUUUUCUUUACAAACCCUUCAGAAAUGGCUCGCAAGUCCAACGUGCCCUAGCUGGCAUUCUUUAAUUCACUGUCCAUUGUAUCGAUAUUCCUGCAUUUAUUCUAGAUUUCGCGAGGUGGCGGCGGGUACCCACCAAUCUGCCUCAAGCUCCCUGAUUUCUGCUUAGCUUCCUCCGCCCAUGGGAUAAUUCUGCGUCACUCGCCAUGCCAUCGGACAUCCAGGUCUUUGUAAAGUGGAAAGACCAGACUAUCUUUGCAGGUGAGGAUGUGGAGUGUACAAUUACUUUCAAGAACGUGACGGAGAAGGGCGUGGAGCCUGGCACCGGGGGACCGCAAACACCCCAUCAAAGGAAGCAGUCUCGCGCCGCGAGCACCCAUUCCGAUUCCUUUUCCCUAAAACUACCCUCGAACCCUUUCAAAAGUCCCCAUCGCCGCUCCUACCCUCUCAUUCCUAGGAAGAGUCCGUCGCACCGGUUCUCGUCCUCAGUAAGCUCGCCGUUGAUCGGCUCCCACAGCUUCCCCCCUCCUUCCUCGCCCCGAAUUGUUUCACCACCCGGCCACAAACAUAAGAGAUCAAUCUCUAUUCUGUCAAUCGACAGUGAAGGAGGAGCGGGAGGAACUGCCGGAGAUAAAACUCCAAGGACUUCCUCGCAAUUCAGCUAUCCGCGGCCCAUAAGGGGCCAUGGACGGUCUGCAAGUUUGCAGGUGGUGCCGAGAAGAUAUGAAGGCCACGAGGACGCCAUUGGGAAAGGCGCGAGGAGCCCAAUCCGCGCAUUUCCGCCGCCCGACUCUCCAGUUCAUCCUUCUUCGACCAACGUCAAGGUAGAUAUUGACGCCUUAAACAAAGGCAACCGUCUCGGAUCUGGUGCCCCAAGUCCUGUAAGGCCAGCCGCAGCAACGCGUGGACCAGGGAGACGACCUCAGCUGCCACCGAUGGAUUUCAAGUUUCCACCUCCGACAGAGACCGAUGCGGACACCAAGGCGCCAGUCUCGUCUGCAUCUAUAGACAGGCCUGCCGGAACGCCAGUGACGGCGAAAUAUAAUUUCAAAGACUCUUCUUCCCUAACUGCUCCGGGCCAGGUGCCCCAGCUCACUAAAAUCAUGUCAGCUUCCAGCUUGAGUGGGAGUCAUAGAAGCAGCGGAGAAUUUUACUCCAUGAGCAAUAAUUCAUCCGAGACCCUUCAGUCAGAAUACACAAACUACUCGAUUCCCGUGCCACGCUCAAGUUUCCCCCGCCACAGCCGGCGUUUUUCCAGCAUGGAGUCUGCAGGAGUGCUGUCGAACGGGCAAACGCUGCUCAUGGGCUAUGCUCAGAUUAGUGCGUCGUUUACGGUCGAUGGCUCGCUGAUUAACCAAUCAGUCUUCGAGGAGGUCAAAAGGAAAGGUGUAGUUGGUGGUGUGGGUAACCCAGGGAAUGUGCCCAACGGUAAACCUUCCUCGUCCGGUGACAAAGGCCGAAAAGGUGGCUUUUGGGGUGCGUUAAACUGGAAUACGAUAGAGGAGUCCCUAGGCGGACUUCUCACCAACAACGACCUCGAUGGACUACGAGAUAUGCGAGGAGUUUCUUCAUCGAAGUCAAUUCCCUUGCUGUCUACUUCACAAUCACUCCUCUUCGUUGACCUUCGAUUGGCGCCAGGAGAGGAACAGUCCUUCUCCUUUUCCUUCACUUUACCCAGUGGUCUCCCCGCGAGCCAUAAGGGGAAGGCCAUCAAGAUCUCCUACAACCUUGUCAUUGGAACUCAGCGACCUAAUGCCACGAACGAACCUCAGCGGGUUAACCGUAUCAGUAUACCUUUCCGUGUGUUCAGCGGAGUAAAUCCCCACGGGGACAUCCUUGGCCAUGACUUGAUGCGCCCUUACGUGCUCCUUCGUGAUGAAGCCAGGGUGCAGAAAAUAGGGUCUUUCCCACCACCGAUUGCAAAGGCCGAGAGCAUGAGUAGGCCUGCAUGGACAUCAGCCCCGGAAUUCUUGUCAUACCUUGAUGAAAUUCUCGAACAACGGUCUCGUAAUAGUCGUUUGAAACCACCGGACACAAUAUUUGAAAAACGCCAGAGUCAUGACCCAUCCGCAGGUCCCCUGUCUUGCAAGGACGCAAUUGACCUGGCGAUACUCCGAAGCAAUCAGACUAUCAACUCCUCCCAGAGCCCUAACCGAUUUGAGAUUGCUCGUGGUGGACGUCGAAUUGCUGUUGUAGUGCUUAAUCGACCAGCCCAUAGAUUGGGCGAGACUCUCAUUGCGACAGUAAAUUUUGCUGAGGCUGCGCUUCCGUGUUACGCACUCCGGGCGAGCCUAGAGAGCUCUGAGCGUGUCGAUGCACAUCUGGCAGUACGAUCCAGUGCGAGUAUUCGUCGUGCAACGCGACGGGUCCAUGCGUCAUUCUUUGAAAACACCCUCUACUCGACACGGGUUGUGUUUAGCCCGGCCAUCCCGGUUUCUGCCACGCCUACGAUACUCACUAGUGGGGUGAAUCAUGAAUGGGAGCUCAGAUUUGAGUUCGUGACUUCAAGUAUACCCGAUGAGAUGGGAUCUGGCCCUUCGGGUGCUCGACUACUGGAGGCAGUAUUUGAGGAUGAACGAGGCUGUACACUCUCAGCUCUGGAACAUUUGGGUUGCGAGUCGUUUGAAAUUGCGAUUCCCAUCACGAUAUACGGUGAGACAGUGCGGGAAAGGCUACCAGAGGAAAAUGAAGGGUAUUCUAUAUAGACAAAACACAAUAGCUUACUUUGUUAAUUUCAAGAUGACUGUAUGACGUGGAAGAUAUAUAAUGAAAUAUCAAC